GAGGGUGACUAAACGUGGACUGGUGUUUUUGUCAAUAUUAAUGAGUUUGAAGUUUAAAUGUUGUAGCCUAAGUUCGACGACAUGAAAUGGACUUGGGAUGGCAGUAGAUUCAGGGAAUUUGCGUCAUUUUGACUAGCUUAAUCAUGCCGAACUGGGGUGGUGGAAAUAAGUGUGGGGCCUGUGGUGGGACCGUAUACCACGCCGAGGAGGUCCAAUGCGAUGGGAAGAGUUUUCACAAGUGCUGUUUCAACUGCAUGGUUUGCAGGAAAGGCCUGGACAGCACUACUCUGGCCAUCCACGACAAAGAGAUCUACUGCAAGUCCUGCUACGGCAAGAAGUACGGCCCAAAAGGCUACGGCUACGGCCAGGGCGCCGGCACGCUCAACAUGGACCGUGGAGAGAGGCUGGGCAUCAAACCAGAGGAGCCUCAAAGUCAUCGACCCACUACCAACCCCAACCCUUCCAAGUUUGCCCAGAAGUUUGGCGGUUCGGAGAAGUGUGCCCGCUGUGGGGAGUCAGUGUAUGCAGCCGAGAAAAUAGUGGGAGCUGGCAAGCCAUGGCACAAGAACUGCUUCAGGUGUGCCAAGUGCGGGAAGAGCCUGGAGUCCACUACUCAGACGGAGAAGGAUGGCGAGAUCUACUGCAAAGCAUGUUACGCCAAGAACUUUGGACCCAAAGGAUUUGGAUAUGGCCAAGGAGCAGGUGCUCUGGUUCACGCCCAGUGAUGACCGCCAGGAAUAACUGACCACCGACUUGACUGCUCCCACAGUUGUGCCUUUGUACAUUUUGCAUUUCUCGGCUGCUUGUGAGAAGCCGUUUUUAAACUAACCCCUUGUAGGAAAGUGGGGUGGGUGGGUGGG